UCGUUGUACGUUUGUGUUCUCGUCUUUUUUCAAAGUCUUGUGUACUUUUUGUAAUAAUUUAAGAAAAUGUUUCCCGCAGUACCUGCAGUUCGAGAAGACCAUGUGCCAGUUAAGCGGUUCGUUUAUAAUGAGUCAAGCAGAACAUAUAACCUAUAUGUUGAGGGGCCUCCUUCUUCGAUAGUCGAUAUAAGUCUUUUGAAUAAAGUUACUGAUCCUUGCUUAGACCCUGUCCGAAGUUAUCCAUUGGGUUCUGUAGUUGCAUCUUACGGUCCAGUACAUCAAUUGCCGGUACGAGUCCCUAAGCUGUUGCAAUCCAUUGAGGAAGAAGAUGAUGAAGAGAGUUGUUCGUCUAAUUCCGAUGAUGACAUAAGUUCAGAGGCUUCAGGCAGUGAAGAAACAGCUGUGGAAAAGCGUAGGUUAAAUAAACGAGUACUAAAGAGAGUCAAGAUUAUAAAGGAGAAAAUUAAAUAUUUCACUAGAACUACAACAAAACAAGCGGAAUGUCUCAAUCAGUCGAACAAUCGUACAAGAGAAUGGAAUGAUCACGUACUCGAAGUGUUGGAAAACGUGGUCAUUGACAUGGGAACCGAAUAAUUUCUACCACACAUGACCUACGAUUAUGAAAAAACACAAACAGUUUUUAUGUGUAAAAAGUUGUUGGAAUUCCUGUAACUGGGUGUGUUAUCUGUAUCUCACUUCAUUGACUCUAUUUAACACCUUGAAUAAAAAAUAACACCCCCCAAA